AUGUCUUUCGAGGACUUACUGCGGCAGGUCGAUCGCCGGCGCUUCGGUACCGGUAUGGCCUUGCUUGUCCUGCUUGCGUUCUAUUCGCCCCUUUCGAAGCUGGUCCUGUCUCCAACAUAUGGAUAUCUCCCCUCGAAGAUCUUCCAUAGUUUUGGAGUGGCCAUCUCCGGCGGACUCGGAUGGCUGUUGAAGGACAAGAUCAUGAAGCGUCUCGGCCGUCUCGGUGGUUACUUGCUCCCUGUGUUGGCAUUCUGGGUUCCUACCAUUCAGUACUUGAUCAAGCAGCAAAGCUCUAAGAUCGGCAACCCAACGGGCCCAGUCAUCACGGAACUGUGCGGCUACUAUCCAUUGAUUCUGCUCACGGUGGCCUAUGCCGGAAAACAAAUCCAGGCUUCCCUGAGACUCGAGGCGCAGGGUGACCUGGUAGUUGAGCAUGUGCCCCUAAUUGGCACAUAUGUGCUCUAUUCCAUCGGCGAACACUUUGCCACAACCCUUCUAUCUUGGGUUAUUGGAACUACUUUCUUGUUCACCAGAGUUGGCAUGCAGAUGAUUCUUGCUGCCUGCUACUCUGCAAUCAUCCCAUCCAAGUGGUUGGUCCUGGCUAUUCCUUCCAUCCUGUUCUCGGUGACUUCCAACGUCCACUUUGCUGGCAUCAACGGCGUAAAUUCUGCUAUCGCGAAUGAAGGGUACUCCCUUCUAGCGCGACAAGAAGCUUACACGGGGUACAUUUCCGUACUGGAGAACGAAAAUGAUGGAUUCCGCGUUAUGCGUUGCGAUCACAGUCUACUUGGCGGCCAGUGGACCAAGAAAACACCAGGCUACCGUCCUGAUGUGGAAGAUCCUAUCUAUGCAAUCUUUGCUAUGCUCGAGGCUGUUCGUUUGGUUGAGCCGGAUCACGGCGUCCCCCGUGUUGAUGCAGACAGCAAGGCACUCGUCAUUGGCCUUGGAAUUGGCACAACGCCCUCUGCACUGAUCAAGCACGGCAUUGAGACCACCAUUGUCGAGAUUGACCCUGUCGUGCACAAGUUCGCCACGCAGUACUUCAACCUUCCACCGAACCACAUCCCCGUGAUUGAGGACGCUGUCAAAUUUGUCAAAAAGGCUGAAUCUUCCUCCAACUCACCCCAAUAUGACUACAUCGUUCAUGAUGUGUUUACCGGUGGUGCCGAACCAGCUGAACUUUUCACGUACGAGUUCCUUUCAGGCCUCCACUCUCUCCUCAAGGAAGACGGUGUAAUCGCCAUUAAUUACGCUGGUGACUUGACUCUCUACCCAACCGGUCUUGUUGUCCGCACCAUCCAAGCCGUCUUCCCAUCCUGCCGCAUCUUCCGCGAAGCACCCGCCGGCGACGAAGAAGACGCUCAAUUUACCAACAUGGUCCUGUUCUGCAAGAAGACCCCCGGACAGAUUAGCUUCCGCGACCCCAUCCCGGCGGACUACCUGCGCAGCAAGUCUCGUGAAAGCUAUCUUGUUCCCACGCACGAGCUCGACCCUACUAUGUUUGCCUCGUGGCCUAAGGGCGGCAGACGGCUACUCGUGGACAAGGAGGCUAAAAGACUGCACAAGUACCAGGAUCGCAGUGCACUGGCGCACUGGUCUAUCAUGAGAAAAGUGCUGCCUGAUUCUGUUUGGGAGAAUUGGUGA